AUGAUGCAAAUCGACAUAAAUGGUUCAGGUUUGUCGGAAAAAUCAUUGAAUGGUUCGAAACUGAAAGAUGCUCAUAGUUAUGUUGGUUUUGCUAAUUUUCCUAACCAAGUAUUUCGACGUGCUAUCAAAAAUGGUUUUGAGUUCACGCUGAUGGUUGUUGGUUGUUCCGGUCUUGGUAAAUCCACAUUUAUCAAUUCAUUGUUUUGUACGGAAAUUAACGACCCAGAUACGGAAAAACGGCGCAUUUCACGAACAGUACAAAUUGAAGAGAAAAUCGUACGUUUGGUGGAGAACGGUGUAACUUUAAACCUUACAUUGGUUGAUUGCCCAGGCUUUGGUGAUGCGGUAGAUAAUAGCAAAUGUUGGGAACCGAUCGUAAAUUACAUCGAGAAAAAAUAUUUGGAUUAUUUUUCGGAAGAAACUAAAAUUGAACGUGCAGCAAUAAUUCCCGAUAAACGUGUGCAUCUUUGCCUAUACUUCAUCAGCCCUACUGGGCAUGGAUUAAAACAGCUUGACAUUGAAAUGAUGAAGAAGCUCCAUGAUCGUGUCAAUGUGAUUCCAGUUAUUGCGAAAGCUGAUACGUUGACAGUGAAUGAGCUAUCAUAUUUCAAAAACCAAAUAACCAAAGAGAUUGAAGAAAAUGGUAUCAAACUCUAUAAAUUUCCGGAUACCGAAGAUGAGGAUGAGAAAAGACAGUUUGGCCCUCUUCGUGAACGGUUUCCAUUUGCUAUUGUUGGCAGUAAUCAGGUUCGUGAAACCAAUGGUCGUCGAUGUCGCGUAAGGGAUUACAGCUGGGGCACGGUUGAGGUUGAAAAUUUGCAGCAUAACGACUUCAUCGCCUUACGUGAUACUGUUAUAAGGAUGAAUUUGAUAGAUCUGAUCGCAGUAACCCGUAGUGUGCAUUAUGAGAAUUUUCGCUACCGGCAGUUAAACAAAGGACCGAAGAAUGCAAUAGACAGAGAUCCUUUUACACAGUUAGAACAUGAGAAACAGGUCAAAGAAAAAGAACUUGAGGAACGUAAACGCAAUAUGGAAAAAGUUUUCGAAGACAAAGUAAUGGAACGUGAAGAAAAAUUAGUUGCGCGGCAAUCGGAGCUUGACGAAAAAGAGAAAGAAAAUCGUCGGAUAUUGCAAGAACGCCAUCUUACUUUGGAACAGCUCAUGGGCGAAGUAGUUGAAUUACGUCGAAGCACCGGGACUGUUUCACGACAAGACUCAAGAAGUUCGCCGUCCGAAAAGUCGUCUCGUAUGAAAAAAGGACUCGGUGGGAUUUUCAAAAACUAA